GUACAGUGUGGUGGAUGCGGCAACGCGCUGUAAUCGGCGGGUGCCCCCUUAACUGAGGCGGGGACGCGCUCCACGGCUGCGCGCUCCCGCGCACCUGCUCGCGCGCUCCUCUCUGACGUUUCUCAGUGACUCAGUGCUGCUCCCCGUUCUCCGCGUCUGCAGCAGCUCCUCGGCACCGUCGUUGGCGACACUUUCGGGUGAAAAUGUCUAAACUGGAGCAGAUUCUCAUCCUCGACCCACCCAACGACCUCCGAUUCAGAGGUCCCUUCACAGACGUCGUCACCACCAACCUCAAGCUGCGCAACCCUUCAGACAGACGAGUAUGCUUCAAAGUGAAGACGACGGCACCACGCAGAUACUGCGUUCGGCCCAACAGCGGCCUCAUCGAACCUGGGGCUUACAUCACUAUUUCUGUAAUGCUUCAGCCGUUUGACUAUGACCCCAACGAGAAAAGUAAACACAAAUUUAUGGUACAGACCAUUUUCGCGCCACCCAGUGUUUCAGACAUGGAAGCCAUGUGGAAGGACGCAAAACCCGACGACCUCAUGGAUUCCAAGCUGAGAUGCGUCUUCGAGCUGCCUACAGAAAAUGACAAAGCGAAUGACCUCGAUGUGAGCAAGGCCGCACCCGUCCUUAACGCAUCCAAAGAUGGCCCAGCUUCUGCAAAAGCUGGCAGCCUCUCGCUGGACGACUCUGAGCUGAAGAAGCUGAUGGAGGAAUGCGAGCGGCUGCAGUGCGAGGUCGGCAAGCUUGCUGACGAGAACCGGCAGCUGAAGGACGACGGCUUGCGAAUGAGAAAGAGUCCUCGCUCAGAGCUCAUGGCGUCCAGCACGGGGGCCCUGAUGGGCCGGGAGCACGGCACCGCCUCCAGCUCCCUACCCUCGCUGCUUGUCGUCAUCGCUGCCAUUUUCAUCGGAUUCUUCCUAGGGAAGUUCAUCUUGUAGACGGGGACGCAUGCCCUCCGCCUCCUGUUUUAAGGCCUGGGGAAAAACAAUAAAAAGAAAAAGAAAAAAAAAGUCUUUGUUGACCUGCCAUGUCAUUGGUAGUGCGGCCCACAGUGACCACGUUUGUGUACAGCAUCAUAAAGCAGGCCUGGCCUUUAACACGGUUAGUCACGUGCAGAGCAGAGUGAGAGAGGGCAGUUUGGGAAUGAGAAUGUCUGCCGGGGUUUUGUAAAAUCGUACGCGAGCACGAGGAUGUUCGAGGAGCCGAGUAGAGCCUUGUGAAUUAAAGUGCUGUUCUCUGUCGGUUUUAAUAGGAGCUGAGCGGAAUGCUAAGUGUCUUAUACAUGUUAUUUUAAUCCUUUUAAGAAAAGGAAAACCUAUCAGCAACAAAGUCAUUUUGUUACCUGUUUCUGGAAUGUCCUUUUUGUCCGGUUCGUGACUCUCCACCUUCUUGGGGAUGUUGUUCAGUCCCGCGUCUCUCCCUCCCUUGUACGUUAAUAUUUCUCUUUCCUGCUGACCCCGAUGCAGGCUCUGUUUGAUAUUAUUAUUAUUAUUUGUAUUUUCUUGGCACAAAUUAUAUAUAUAUUCUUUGUUGACUGAAUUAAGGUCUUCAUUCUUAUAAUUCUAUCCCAUGGUAUUUAACACUGAUGGAAAAAAAAUAAAGAUUAAAUCUUUAUAAUUGUUUUGAAAACCUUUAAAUCUAUCUGGUGUUUCUCCCCAUGGGAAAAUGUUCUGGAAAGUCUGUUUUUUCCAUGGGAGUUUGUUUUUUUUUCAUUUCUCAUUCCUGAACUGGUUGAAGGUGUUCAGCAUCUUUUUGCGUGCCCUCUGGGGGGCAGUGUUUACCAUGCACCUGCACCUGUUUCAUUAGGAGGUCUCGAGUACAGUGUGGUUACAUGUGUGCAACAGGGAAAGUUGUCAUUUUUCAGCAAGACUUCUGUCCACUUGAGCUGUUCCUGGUUGAAAGUUAGUUUCUCAUUUCUGGAGUGCUUCAAUGAAAAGGCUGAUUUUGACCCCUUUCAUUGCUUAUAGUUUUAAGGCCAGUAGGGGAUGUUAACCUGAGGUAGUGUCGAUUGUAAUGUACAGUUAGGUGGUUGGCUUUCAUUCAAGGAUCUUGAAAUGGUUAAGGUUCUCUGGUGUUGCGAGGAUGAUUAAUGAAUGAGCUGACUAGCUGCUGGAUGGUGAUGCCUUUUGCUGUGUAAUUUCAUGCCCUUCCUAAGACACCCAUAACAUAGAGCGUCACUUGUGCUGGCCCCAGUGCACGGGUACCUGUCCUCAGCACCUUCCAGCAGCAUCCACCUGGUUUUCCUUGGAUGAGUCCCUGGAUGGUUCUAGCCAUAUCCAUUGCUCCGCUGAGUUGGCAUUGGAGGCGGAGCCUUGCUGAAAGCAUUUGAUUUAAGCCGAUGACCUCAGGUGUGAAGUUCAUACACGUUGGGACAGUGCUGUGCUCAUGACAUUCAGAGACCUGCUCUGUGCAUUCAGAGAUUCAUGCAAGUGUGGAUUUCAGUGAACGCCAGUGUCUUUUUGUGUUAUGAAAGGUUUAAGAGGAUGUGUUUGUGGACUUCAUGUGGUUAAUGUAUGCAUUUUUCCACGUGUUAUGCUUCCUUAGGAUUCACUUACAGGAUCCUGUGCUUAUCAGAACUUCCCCUGGGGCUAAAGUUCAAGCCCAAUGGCUGACUCAUGCCACGCAGUGAUGAUGUGGGGGAACCGGUGACAAAAAGAAUGUGUAAAAUAUCUAUGAUAUUGGGUUUCGCUCCCCUGUUGGAAUGAGGACUUUCACCCAGUUUCAAUUAAAAGUGCAGUGGGGUGAAUGAUGUGUUUGCUUGGCCAUGUAGAUCUUGCAGAUCCCUAUCAGAGAGCUGGGAUCUGGUCACAUCCUGCUCACAAUUUCUUUCCACUAUCCCAGUUACAAUUAAAGUCCACUAAUUUGGUCCAGAUAUAUCUAUAUAUAUAUAUUUACAGCACUUUGUCGAGACACCAAAACAUGAAAUGGCUUGUAAGCAGUGUUUGUAUUCAUCUGGUGAGUGUUUCCCAGUGGGGGCAACCUGAUGCUGAAUGUGCUGUAUAUCACCCCGUAGCUGCUUCAGUACCAUGUACGCCUCCAACAUGUGUGGAGUUGUUGGCCUGCAGGGUUUUUCUUAAAUAGUAACUCAAACAUUGAGACCCCUGUAACAUUGGGAUGUUGCCUGUAAUUCUUGGACAAAGUGUAACGCCACUGUCAUACGAUAAGCUGUGUUUAUGGUUCCAAAAUGGUUAUCAGAAAGAGCUCGAAAGUGGGUGUCAGAUUUUUAUGGACAUGAUGCCUAUCUUUUUAGUCCGUUUUGACUGUUCCUCUUGUACAAAAUCCUUAAUUUCACAUCGGACUGAAGGAGAUCACAUACAGCUUCUUGCUUUAACUGUUUUGCGUUGAAUGUCUGUGUAAGGCAAAAUAAAGACUUUUUGGCAAGA